CGAUCUGGCUCUGUCCCGCUCGUGCAUAAGUUUUUGCCGCGUGUCUCGAGGCCGGCCGCCCGGGCCCAGAGGAGGAGCCGCGCCUCGGGAGCCGCACGCUGCCUGCUUGCUAGCCAUGCUCGCCGCGCGUGUGGCCGCGCUGCGGCCCGCGCCCGUGACCCGCCUGGGUGUCCAGCAGGGCCUUGCCGCCUUCCAGCGGGGCCUGGGCGCGCAGGAUGUGCAGACCAGGAAUGCCGCGACGCUGAAGACGCUGCAGAUCCGCAUGAAGGCCAUCAACAACAUGAAAAAGAUCACGAAGGCCAUGAAGAUGGUCGCCACGGCCAAGUUCAAGAAGGACAUGAAGAACAUGGAAAACGGGAUGCCCUUCGGCAAGCCUGUGCUGGACUUGAUGGAGAGGCUGCCACGACAGGAGAAGGCGGGGCCCAUCACUUACCUCGCCGUCACUUCCGACAAGGGCCUGUGCGGCGGCGUGAACUCGGCGGUGGCGAAACAGGUGAGGCUGGGCCUGGCGGACGAGGAGGCCAAGGGCAACGCCGGGAAGAUCUUCAUUCUGGGAGGCAAGGGAGUGUCCUCUAUGAAGCUCAAGCUCGGGGACCGAUUCAACUACUCGUUCGAGGAGGCGAGCAAGAUGCCGUGGACGUUCGCCACCGCCUCGCUCGUGGCCGAGCGGCUCGUGGCCUCGAGGCCUGCCCGCCUCAAGAUCGUCAGCAACAACUUCAAGUCCAUGGUGGCCUACGACACCACCGUCAAGCACACGAUCACCCUGGAGGAGGCGCAGACGAUGGACAAGGCAGAGUGGUCCAAGGCGAUGGACGUGUACUCCUUCGAGCCGUCCAUCUACGAGGUGUGGGCCGACCUGCACGAGUUCUACUACGGGUGCGCGGUGUACACCGCCUUCCUGCAGAGCUCUACGACGGAGACGGCGCAGCGGAUGAGCGCCAUGGAGAACGCCUCGAAGAACGCGGGCGAGAUGUACGAGAAGGUCUCGCUCAUGUUCAACCGGGCGCGGCAGGCGAAGAUCACCACGGAGCUGUGUGAGAUCAUCAGCGGCGCCUCGGCGGUGUAGGAAGGGCGCUUCUCUCCGCAGCAGGCAGCCACACGCUACCACCACGCCCGCGCAGGACCAUCUGGAGCCCCACUGGGGCGGUGCACGGAUCCCUCUUCCUGGCCUCGGCCAGGCGGGUCUCUGCACCGGCCAGGAGCUGUGGUGGUGCAUUGAUGCCGUCUGCGCUUCCUCCGCUCAGCCUCCCUCCCCACCCUUCUUCCUCCUCCUCCUCCUCCUCCU